AUGAAAGAGACUACAGUUAUGAUGAUGGUCCUGUCAGGACUGUUUUACUUACCUGGCUGUUUUCCUCAUCUUUACAACCUUGUUGAAUAUGGAAAAAACUGGGCCGGAGCUCAGGAAUACUGCAGGAACAAGUAUACUGACCUAGCCACUGUACAUAAUGAGCAAGACUUGGCCAAACUGAGGAACCUCACAAAAGGGCUUCAUAAUGUGUGGAUUGGACUUAUACCUGACACUGAAGCAUGGAAGUGGUCUCUGGAAAACCAGAAUUACUAUGGUAAAGGGGAGACUGAGUUCAGGAUGUGGAAUGACGGGGAACCCAAUGAUUUAGGACACCAUAAAGUUUGUGCAGCAAUGCUUGAAAAUGGGAAAUGGGCAGAUGUAGAAUGCAACAACCAACUGCCAUUCUUCUGCUACAAUAAAAACACAUCACGCUUCAUAUUUGUGAAUAUGAAUAAGACCUGGGAGGAUGCUCAGAGCUACUGCAGAAAGAACCACACUGACCUUGCUAGUGUGAGAAACCAAUCUGAGAAUGAAGAGCUGAAAAAGACAACAAUGAGUUCCUACACGUGGAUUGGACUAUACAGGAAUUCCUGGAAGUGGUCGGAUGGAACUGCACAGUUAUUAAACAACUGGGCUCCUGAUAAACCAUCCAAUAUAGCCACAAAUGCAUGUGGGACUAUAGUUAAAGGCAAGUGGGACAACUAUGUUUGCAGUGCACACUGGUACUUUGUCUGCUAUACUGGUGAGUUCUGA